UGUCGUCACCACGACAGUUACGACUCGCGGGUCGCGGGUGGUCGCGCGCGGUGUCGACCGUUUCGAAUGUGUUCGGUCAGACGCCGCAGGCCGCCGCAGCCCAGCCCAUCGUCGCAUCGGGCGAGAGAAAGAGCAAGGAGUGUUGAGCGUUGAGCAUCAGCAGUGAGCAGGCUGGAUUCUGAAGCAGGAGCCUGGAACGACUUGGGGUCGGAGCAGGCCAAGGCAGCCUGAGGACGUCGAUGACGACGACGACGACGACUGUGAGAACUGUGUCCCCGUCGUCCCCGGUUGCUUGAGAAAAAAUCCUUUGACAAAUUAACGGCUCGCCUACUGGCUACUAUUCAUCUUUCAAUGUCGAACGUAAAUCGUUACGAGUCUGCUGGCGGUAUGCGAUGGAAGGCGGAGCUUGUCUGGCAGUCGUUACGCCACCGUUAACUACGUUAGCCGAGAAACCCGUCGGAUACCUGUCGGGAUCGGGAUAUCGACUCAUAUUUUCUAUCAACUUAGUAAAUUUCAUUCGACGUUCACUCGACGUUAUGGACGGUACCUGCCUUCAUCAGUUUGUCACAGCACCCAUCAAAAAUUUUCUCCAACUACAACGGAUCAAAGAGAUAAAAUGGAUGAAUCCGAGAGCAUGUACAAACGAGGCGUAUACUCCUACAUCCAUUGAACAUGUGGCAAAUGUGGCAACUCAUGGAAUAUGGGUUGUACCUUCGGUAAUUGGCGGUAUUGAACUUGUACGUCGUUCAGCAACAUGGACUCAGUUUGUUUCCGCUUGCGUAUACGGCACUUCCUUGAUCCUUGUCUUCGCAGUGUCAACUUUCUUCCACAGUGUGCACUACUGCAAUCACAACAGACAAUUAAAAGAUGCGUUGCAUCGUUGUGAUCGUGCUAUGAUUUACAUUUUCAUAGCAGCCAGUUACUUUCCAUGGUUUAAUAUAGAACACUUCUCAGACGAUGAGCUUUUAUUCGCGAUGCGAUACGUCGUCUGGAUCAUGGCUAUAAUGGGCAUCCUCUAUCAGCAGAUUUUUCACGAGCGAUACAAGAUGCUCGAAACUAUUUUCUAUGUAGUUAUGGGUAUUGGACCUAGCGUCGCGAUCCUUAAUGUUUACAACUAUUAUAAUAUUACGGAAUUGAAAUUGGGUGGACUGAUAUACGUUCUUGGCUUAGUAUUUUUCAAAUCGGAUGGUCGUAUACCUUGCGCGCAUGCAAUCUGGCAUCUUUUCGUAGCUGCGGCGGCUGGAUUUCACUACUAUGCGAUUCUGAACCACGUAUUUCCCGAAACCGAUUCGACGAAUGUUCCUGGACCAUCUAAUAGUAUGCCACAGUUAUCUAGUAUAAUAAAACCUCAUAUAGAGUUGUAGGAGUUGUAUACUAUAAUAUUUUUUACUAUAUUUCUUCCAAAUGCUAAACAUUCUAAAAUGUAACAGUUUUUAAGGGCAACUCUGUAUAUUUCCAUUUUCUGUUGAAAAGGGAAGAGUAUCUUUAAUUCACAAUAUUGGUUAAAGAGUAUCGCAUCAUUCUCAAAUCAAAAAUAUGACAAGUGAAUCUUCAAGUUUUUUUGUUUGUUUUUUUUUCUCCUAUAAAAAACAUUAUAAAAUUACGUAUUAAGAAAACUUCGUAACAUUUAUGUAUAUUUUUAUGUCUUUCUUUAUUAAAGUAAUUAUUUCUCAACUUUACAAAUGAUGCAAUACUUCUCGCCGAUAGUGUAUGUCUAUUCAAAAUUUUUGAUAAGAACCAACUGAUUCUUAAAUCAUGAAUAAUCAUUCGUAUAUCUGUGUGCUAGAUAUGUUUUAAUAAUUAUUUCAAAUCCAAGUCAGUAAAAAGAAAUUGUACAUAUAUAGUGUGCAAAUAUUUAUCGUAUAUAAGAAAAAAACGAAAGAAUAGAAUGAAUUGUGUAUGUAUAUUAAAAGGAAAGGAAAAAGGAGAUUUUUACGUACCUGACGGCCAUACAAGAUUCCAUUCUUAUACAUUAUGAUUAUGAAUGUGUUAUACUCUAGACUAGAACGAAAGAAAUAAUAGAUAUUACAUUAGCAGAAAUAUUAAUAUGAAUUAUUAGAGAUACCAUUUAUUGCAGAUUACAUGACAAGUUUUAAUGAACAUUCCAUGUCAAACACAUUAUUUCUUUCAUAUUCGAUUUACUAUCCAUUAAUCUCUAUAUCAUUCGUAAACAAUGCCAAAUUAUGAAGUAAGAAGGAAAAUUUUACCAUGCCUGUACUUUUUCUUAUACAAAUAGAAUAUUUUUGGGAAAAAUAUUUUCUUUUACACUAUAUAAGUUUGAUAAAAGGCUAUAUAUUAGAAUCUUUACAAAGUGUGUUUAACUUGACCAUGAAUGGAAAUCAAAUUGGUUGAAUACACAUUUUUAUGUUCUAUUAAAAGCAUCUUUCUCCUUGUAGAUGUGCCAAAAUUAAAUUUAAACUCGCAUCUUGUAUCUAAUAUAAGAAAUACACUAUUGACAUUUUUAUGAGAGAAAAAAGGAAAUUAAUAUUAUUUGGAUCAUACCAAUAUAUUUUAGUAUGUGUACGGUCAGAAGAAAAAGGAAAAAUAUUGUACAUAUUUUAGUUAAAAUUACUGAGCAUUUUUCAAAAUACAUGUCAAACAAUGAUCUUAUUGUAAGUUUAUCAGUUGAUGGACAAACAUUCUGAAAUAUUAUAUCUAGUAACGAUAAAAUAAAACUUGUAAUUGAACUUGUAAAAUCAAGUUUAAUUACGGUACUUAAUAUUAUAACAAUCAUAUUUAUAUCAAUUCGUUAUAUUGACAAUUUGUCUACAACAAGCAUCUAUAACAUGUAUUACAAAACACUUUAAUUUGUACUUGUGUACAUUAUAUUUUUAAAGUUAGUAUGUAUAGUAAUAGGCGAUACUUGUAUGCGCGCGUGCGUGCGUGCGCGCGCGCGUGUGUGUGUGUGUGUGUGUGUGUACCCCAAAUGGAGUGUGCGUGCGUGCACACGCGCAUUGUGUGUAUAUGUAUGUAAAUAGAAUGUAUAGAAUUGACAAUGUAAACUAUUAUGGAAGUCUUAAUGUAACGAGGAUAUUAAUUUGCGAUGUAUAUACGAUAUAUAUGUAUCGUGAUAUCGUAAGGAACAAAGUACAAAAUGAUUAUGAGUUAUGAGUUAUUUGUUGUCUAUUUUAUUGUUAUAUAAUUCGUGGACCAAAGUAUCGUGGAAUAUAGCAUAUUGUUUUCAUUUAUACAUUACUUGCUGACAUGAGUGUAAUAAUUAUCGAAAAAUAAAAAAAUUAUAUAUUA